AGCCCCGCCCUCACGCCACUUGAGAGCUAGAGAGGGCAAUGGCCGAAGACAUUCCUUCAUACAAAGUGAUACUAGCAGGACUGAAAGGAGUGGGCAAAAGCACUCUCUUAGGUAUGCUGGACUCAAAAGUUGAUGUAGAGUUUGGAGAGAGUAUUCUUUUAUCAGUGGAGAAAGGUGAAAGCAGUCGAGGGAGGACAAAGUUAAAAAUAGAAACCAAAUGCAACGACAGUGUGAUAUAUGUGUGGGUGUGGGAUACAGCAGGUAUGGAGAAACACAGUGGAUCGAUAGGGAUGACAAAGAGCUACUUUCAAGAAGCUCACGGAGCCAUAUUGGUUUAUGAAAGAGGAAGGGACGAAACCAAGACAGCGCUACAGGAAUGGGCUAAGCUGACAAGAGCAGAAUCACCAGACUGUGUCCUCUCCUUGUGGUGCAACAAUAGAAAUGAAGAGAUUGGAACGAGUGAAUUGACAAGAGAUACGUUGACUGAUAUUGCAUCUCAUUAUAAAAUUAAAGACCAUUUAAUGUUUACUUAUGUCCCUGGACGAGACACUGAGGUGGUUCACACUUAUUUUAAUACUUUGAUGUGCGAAAUUCACAGGAAACUACCUCCAAGAAGGCCACACAGUGAAUCUGUGAAACUGGAGAGCGAUCACUCCAAUAAAAAGUGCUGCAGUAAAAGACAAUGAGUUUCUAAUUCUAUUUUUUUAAGUGUGUAACUGUUUUAAGUUUUUAAAAUCAAAAUUCAACAAUAUCAGUUCAUUAUUA